CUGGAGCCCGAGGAGCACUCAGCAGGGCACUGGGUACCCAGCACUGAGCAGAUCAAUUCCUGGAGCUGAGAAUGGCCUGCAAGCAUCUGCCCUUCCUGGCUUUGGCGGGGGUACUGCUGGCUUACCUCUGCAGCCAGUCAGAAGCAAGCAACUUUGACUGCUGCCUCACGUACACAAAGAACGUGUAUCAUCAUGCGAGAAAUUUUGUGGGUUUCACAACACAGAUGGCCGACGAAGCUUGUGACAUUAAUGCUAUCAUCUUUCACCUGAAGUCGAAAAGAUCCGUGUGCGCUGACCCAAAGCAGAUCUGGGUGAAAAGGAUUUUGCACCUCCUCAGCCUAAGAACCAAGAAGAUGUAAAAACGGAUGCUUUUCUGGGAUGGAAUUGGACACAGCCCAAGGAGGAAAUGAUCACAGCUGGGGUUGGAGGUUUCACCUGCACAUCACUGCACAGACCUGAUUUGUGUCCCAGUGGUCUUGUCCAAUGGAUGAAGUUGAUUCAUAUUGCAUCAUAGUGUGUCAUAUUUAAGCUCAUAUUAGAGUUAAGUUGUAUUUUGUGUUAUUUAUAGAUCCGAAUUUUCUAUGUUUAGCUAUUUAAUGUUAAUUUCCCACAAUCUAUGAGGGGCGCUUAGUAGAAGGUUCAAUAUUAUGUUUAAGGCAGUAAGUUUAUAUGGCCCUUCUUGGAAACAAUAAGCUAUUGUAAAAAUAUUUAAUGUUCUUCUGUGUGCUUAAUUGUUUCUUAAAUUGAUACGAUUUACUUAUAAAACAGAAAGGAAUUAUAAGAAUAUAUUGAAAAUAAAAGAACUGAAAGGCA